ACACACCGAAGCCGCUGCAAGCACCGCUGGCAGACUCGGCGAAGAGGUAUUCGACCCAGCCGCACGGCUAACCUUAGCCUAAAUCUAGGACAAGUCCCUAGUCUAGUGUUUGAUCGGUGUCUCUUUCCAUAGUACAGCCAAACCGGUCGGUGUGGAGAAGCGCUUCUGAUGUUGUCCGCCUCCUUUCUGCUCUCGAGUCGUUCUUUCCAUCCCCAUAACCAGUAGUGUGCUAGAUAACUAUAGGAGUCAGAAGCUUUGUAAAAUGUUUCGCCGCUGGCUCAAUGGAGAGAGCUUGUUCAAGAAGAAGCAGAUCAAAGAGGAAUGGCACCCCGACAAGUUCAAGGAGGCAGUCAGAGAGGUGCUAAGGAACGAAGAUGAUCAGGAAGACAUUGAGCACACCAAGCGGCUUCAGGCCUGCAUGGACCGUGUCAAGCAGUACUCGUUGACAGAGGGCAGCAAGCGUCUCACCAGGGACACAUUUCCCGGCCUGAUGACUAUGCAGGAUUACGGUCCCCUGCGCAUCGCGUUCAUGGGUCGCACCGCCACGGGCAAGAGUCACACUGCAAAUAGCAUACUGCGGCUGUUUGAUCAGGCAGCCACUGAAGAGGUGUAUUCAGACGGGGAAGGAGACGCAAGGGUCCGGGAAACAGUGUUCACAACUGACUCCGGUGGGGAGAUCAUUCUACGCAACAGUCGAGGUAGUGGGGAGGAGAAUGGUGGACGCGACUCGGAGGUGCUCGUCUUGGAGGCCAUUCUCACCAACAAGCUUCACGCUGGCGACGAGUGCUACAAGGAGAAAAUUCGCCACAACGACAACAGUCCCAUGCCUGAUCAAUGCCACGGCGUGAUUUUCAUCAUCACUCAACAAUGGAUAGACGAGGACCGGCCGAUCAAGCCCGGUGACCGCACAGAGAAAUCAUUUUGGAAUGGCUUCCAGCCACUUCUCAAGCAACUGGAUCUUUGUCCGGUCACCUGCGUGACGCACAUGCGAGAGAUAGUUCCGCCGUAUGGCUUGCAGGACGGCUGGGAGAAAGUUGCUCAUGCAGCACAGAUGGUCGGUUCAUCCCAAAACAGCGUGUUCCCCAUCGAGAACAAGCAGCCAAAGACAGACAGGGCGGCAGUGAUAAAGCGCCUUCGCCAGGAGCUGCUCCUUGCACUGUUGGAGGUUAUUUACCAGGCUGAGCAGCGGCUGCACCGAAUCGAGUUAAGGACACUGAGGGAGACGGAUCGCAGCGCAUAUGUCAAAACACAACCCAAGUACGCCGUGGCCCGGUUCAUUCGCAGCACAGCUGAAACGUACGCUUGGCCAUCGCAUCGUGUGGCGACGAUCGAGAAUGCGCUCCAUGACCAAUGGUUGGCCCUGGGGCUGGCGCGAGAUGAGGACUACUUGACUCCGGAGCACUUCAUUCGUAUGAUGUCGAUGGCGGCCGUGUGCCAGAAGGUGUUCAGGUCAAAGCCUCAGCAAAAGCAGAUUGCCGCCGAGUUGGACAGCUUCCGACGUUGCUGGAGGGUGUGAUGACGGCUAGUUGGCGACGGUGUGCGCGCGGGAUUCAUUUCACGUCACACCGCGCUGGUAUGGCACUCAUUGCGUGAUCCGCUCGCGCCGUGCCCACUGCCCAGACUUGAACACGCUAGGAUUUAAUGCUGAUUACGAGUUCAUAUCUACUAGUACGCUUCUACUGCUUUUCCUAUGCCAUAUACGGGCAAGUGUAAUGUGUGUGCAUGGUGCCCGAUCUAUGUUUUCUGCCGAUGCCCCUGUCGCGUCAUCUGCAGCCGUAGUCGCUGUGGAGGCAUCCAUUGUGGCUGACUGAAUAUUGUAGGAGUAUUUGAAUGCUGUUUGAUUGCUCACCAUGUCCCGGUUUUUCUUUUGUUUCCCCGGGCCUUUUUUUGAAGGUCUUUGGAGCAGCUGGCUCAGUUUCUGCUUUUUUGGUUUAUUUUGCCCAAAAAAAGGCCAUUAAUUUCACUUUAUAGUGGAGAAAACCAAAACAGGUGGAUGCCUAAUAACAAUGGACCCACUGUUGAGGGUUCAUGUUUGAAAUUACGAUUGUCUUUGUUUUCUCGAUUAAUGCUUUGGAUUUCUUUUCUUCAUUGCUUUGCUUGCCAUUGUGUUCUUUCCCAUAAAGGCGUUGUAGACGAUGUUGUCAUUUUA